AGCCUCCUCGGCAGUGGCCCUGGAGCUGCGACAGCUUUCAAAAUCAAGUUAUAAUUCAAUGUCCAACUGCGCUCUUGAUUUGAGUGCAAACAUCGGGCACAUCUUCAUGGUUUGAAAGAUGAUACCAGCUUUAUCGUCGCACAGCUACCCCGCGUUGCUAUUCCGUCCCUCGACGAGGCUGCACUGCCACUGUGACCGCGGUCCCGCCCGCUUAAACUUGCCGUCUGUGCUUUGCUUGUUACGAACUUUUGGUGCUCGAAGGUCGACGCAAUACACUCCAAUCUCGAACGCACGCCCUCCCUCCUAGACUUCCACGGACCUGUAGCUGCUAAUAUAACACGUUACUUCAGGUCAUCAGACUGUAAUACCUCCACCUUGACGAGCCCAUAUCUCGCGUCCACAGGCAUUUGCCUGCCAUCAUCAACAUGAGCGGCAAAGCAGGCGCAUAUGGCACCUCGGGCGGCGGCGACACCGAUUUCAGGAAAACAUGGGACCGCGACGAGAUGGCCAAGAAGGCCAAAGAGCGCGAAGAACGGGAGCGUGAAGAGGCAAAAGAACGCUAUGAAGCCAAAGCUGCUGGCAAGACGUACAGACGGCGCGCAUCGACGCCAGAAGACCUUCGGCAGACCGAAGCCCGAUCUGAGCGCAUAGACUGGAGCAAGAUGGUCGGCAAGCAGACACUCACAUCCGCAGCCGCGGCUGUGGGCAAGCGAGGGCGAGGCGCAGGUGCUUACUGUCAGGCUUGCGACCUUACGUUCAAGGACAACAUCCAGUAUAUUGAGCACUUGAACAGCAAACAGCACUUGGUUGCGACAGGGCAGUCUGGAGAAGUACGGCGCGCUACACUGGAGGAAGUGCGCGAUCGUCUGAGAUAUCUAAAGAGGAAGAGGGAUGAGGCAGCCAAGGACGAGGUCAUUGAUAUUGAUUCACGACUAGCUACGAACAGGGAGAGAAUGGAGCAGGAGGCCGAAGAGCGCAGGCGGAAACGUAACGAAAAGCGGCGAGCGAAGAACAAGGGCGACAGUAAUGCCAUGGAAUGGAAGGUUGAGGGAGACGGCGUGAUUGCUUGAACCCUCAUUUGAGGAGCCACUACUACAACAGGUCGGUAAAUCGGGAGUAUGAUUGUCCCGGGAUGUGGUCUGGGAUCACUAGGCGACGUGUAAGCAUAACCUCAUUGGGACCAGAGACCAGAGUCUGGUUAAAGCUGUGGACACGAUUAGCUUAGGAUGGGGAGAUGGGCAGGCCUCUUACUGUACACGGGCGAAACAGGACGGACCUCGGCGCUAGUAAUACCCCACUGCAUGAAGCAUGCGAUCUCCAAGUAUCUGAUGCAAUACAUUGAUUUCUAAGCUAAUCCCCAGGAAGCUUAUUUAUCU